CUGUUCCCUGCCAGCUCCAGUGCCUGGCCCCAUAGACCUGCCUCAGGAGGAGAUGGCCAUGGAAAAGCCAGUGAUUCCCACUGAGGAGCAACUGGAGAUCCUGGAGUACCACUUCUGCAAGGUGAAUAAGCAUCCUGACCUCACCACACUGUGCCUCAUCGCUGCUGAGACUGGGCUCUCCGAGGAGCAGACUCUGAAAUGGUUCAAGCAGCGCCUGGCAGAGUGGAGGAAGUCUGAAGGGCUGCCCUCAGAAAGCGGGUCUGUCAGGGACUAGAGGAUGCUGUUCCACUCCCCUUGCCUCUUAAAAACCAUGGUGAAGCUCUUCAGAGUGGGUUUUCUUGGGGUUCUUCUGUUGCAAUAGGUUUUGUGAUACAAAGUAAUACUCUGCUAUUUAACAUAAAUUUUAUUUAACAAGUACAUAACCAGAAAAAAACAUAUAUAUAUACAUAUACAUAUACAUGUGUGUAUACAGCUUUUGAUGGCUGAUAACUUGUCUAGUGAUUGCAACCCAUUAACAGCAGCUGCAAAAGAAAAGGCAAUUUCAUGCCCUUGUCCCAGGCUUGCAGAAAAUUUGUCAUGAUAUAUGUUCAAAAAUACAAUGAAGAAAUAAAGAUUCAUUUUCCUUACAAUCCUCAGAGGCAAAGUAUGUGUUCCAGAGAGCAGGGCAUCUGGAAAAC